AUGUCAACACCAUAUCCAUCAACUAGAGGAGGUAAUACUAGAGGCGGAUUCAGAGGAUCAUUUAGAGGAUCGUUUAGAGGUAACUCUCGUGGAAGUACACGUGGAGGCUAUCAAAAUAGUGGAAGUACACGUGGAGGCUAUCAAGGAGGAGGUGGUGGUAGAGGAGGAUUUAAUCAAGGAGGAAAUAAUUCAUACAAUAAUAAUAGUGAUGGUGGUAGUGGUGGUGGUGGUGGAUAUAAUCAACAAGGUAAUAAUACUCGUGGUGGAGGCUCAUUUAGAGGUAGAAGAGGAGGAUAUCAAGGUGGUAAUGAUGGUAAUUAUCAACCACGUGGAGGAUAUCAAGGAGGUAAUUCUGGUAAUACAAGAGGUGGAUUUCAAAGUGGUGGAGGACCAAAAAGAACACCAUUCCGUGAAAAGUUGAAAGAAUGGGUUUUAGAACGUACAAGUGAAGAAGGUCAAUUGGUAAAAUUAGAUUUUAUGUGUGUUGAUGAUACACUUAAAGGAAUGAGUAAUAAUGGUUAUGAUGAUGGAUUAAUUAGACAAGUUUGUGCAUCAGUUGUAGAAAAUUUUGCAUCUGAUGAAGAUGUAAUUACAUUAUGUAAAAUAUUUCCACAAUUAGAAGUAUUAGAUGAUGCACCAAUACCUCCUCAAUUAAGAAAGAGUGGUAGUACACUUCCACAAAUUAAUCCAUAUAAUUUAGUUGAAGGAUUAUCAGAGGAUAAUUUAAGAAAAUAUUUAACUAAUUUAUUUGAUCAUAUUGAUUGUAGAAAAACAGAAUUACAAACAUUAUUUGCAAAAGAUGCAUUUAUUACCUAUUCAAAUUCUACAAAUGAAUAUGUUGAUUAUGUUGAAGAUUCAGUUGAAAUUGAAGCAUUUCAAAAAUUACAACAAUUUUCACGUGAUAUUCUCAAUAUACCUGAUCAAAAAGAUACAAAAUCUAGGAAAACAGAAUGUAAUGAACAGUUAAAAUCAAGUAUCAUUUCAUCAAGUAAUAUUUUAAAAUUCUUUAAUGCACUACCAAAUACUAAACAUAAUAUUGAAAGAAUAACAUCAGAUGCAUUAUCAUUUAGUACAAGACAAGUUGAAACAAAUGCUCUAAUUGGACGUUUAUGUGUCUCUGUUCAUGGUCAUGUUAUUUUCCUAGAUAAUAAUGGUGAUAAGCAUACAAAAUCAUUUGAUACUUCUUUCAUUUUAAAAAAACAUGAAAAUUCUCUAUUAAUUUCUAAUUUUAUUUAUCAUAUUAGACCAUAUUCUAAUUUUGAUUUGGAAUUCUUUUUAGAAAUUACUCAAUUCAUUUCAAAAACUAAAUUAAAACCUCAAGUUGCUCAACAAAUUUUUAAUGAAGGAAGAAAUUUAGAAGGCGCACUUUUACAAUUUGAAAUUUAUAAACAAAGUGGUCAAUUAAAUGAACAACACUUUCAACAACCUCAAUUAGUACAAAAUCAACAAUAAAUUUUAAAAGUAAU